CGUUAAAAUAUCUGGACAACCGCAACUUUUAACAAGGGUGCAUUUUCCUUGCCGACCAGACAUGUGUGCCGCGGUGUAUGUUUUGUCCACGGUAACGGGGUACGUGCUCACCUCUGCCCUGUUAAUGAAAUGCCCAACACUUCUGCACCGGAGGAAGCGGGAGGGAUUCCUCAGUAGGCACAUUUCCCACCGUGGAGGGGCAGGUGAAAACCUUGAAAACACCAUGACAGCUUUCAAGCAUGCUGUGGAUCUUGGUACAGACAUGCUGGAGUUGGACUGCCACCUGACAAAGGAUGAACAGGUGGUGGUGUCACAUGAUGCCAACUUGAGAAGGUCCACUGGCAUGAACGCUCACAUUGCUGAUAUGACCUAUGACGAGCUCCCUCCUUACCUUUGUAAGCUGGGUGUGACUUUUCAGAGAGAGUGUUACUGCGAAGGAGGGGAGGACAAACGCAUUCCUCUCCUCAGGGACGUCUUUGAGGCAUUUCCCCAUACCCCUGUCAACAUUGACAUCAAGGUCAACAAUGACACACUCAUCAAGAAGGUCUCUGAACUGGUCGUCAAGUAUGACAGAGAGCAUCUGACUGUAUGGGGCAAUGCCAGCAACCAGAUUGUCAAGAAGUGUUACAAAGAGAACCCUCGUAUCCCAGUGUUGUUCAGCCUUCCCAGAGUGCUGCAGCUGUUAGGGCUCUUCUACACCGGCCUUCUGCCCUUUUUCCCCUUCAAGGAGCAAUUCCUGGAGAUCCCCAUGCCUUCAAUUAUUACCAAAUUGAAGGAUCCUAAUAGAAUAACCAAGAGCCAACGACUCAUAGCCUGGCUGGCAGACAGCCUGCUGAUGAGGAAAGCUCUCUUUAACCAUCUAACUGCCAGAGGAAUACAGGUUUACGUCUGGGUGCUCAAUGACGAGGAAGACUUUCAGAGGGCCUUUGAGCUGGGAGCCACAGGGGUCAUGACUGAUUUCCCCACCAAGCUUAAAGACUUCAUAGUUAAAAAUAGGAUUACUGAUUCCAAGUGACUGGCCAAAAAAUAUCCUUUCGCUCAUCUCACGACCUUGACCAGCCUGCCAAAUUGACCCCCUCAUGUCUGCUUUACUGUGUGCAAUUCUACGGGGAUAUUCUCAGAUUUUUUUUUUCACUCCCCAAUCGUACUUGGCCAAUUACCUCACUUUUCUGAGCCAUCCUGGUCGCUGCUCCACCCCCUCUGCCGAUCCGGGAAGGGCUGAAGACUACCACAUGGCUCCUCCGAUACAUGUGGAGUCGCCAGCCACUUCUUUUCACCAGACUGUGAGGAG